AUGAACCGCAAAUGGAAGAAGACGAGCAUCUGGAACGGCGAGGACAUGAUGAACGGUGUUGGAGGCUUCUCUACGGCAGCGCUGACGCGGGGCCACGUGCUUCAUCCCGGCAGCAUUCCGGACCGAGGUCUUGCUUGUGACCGUUGGCGGCUCCGCGGAAUGACUGAUGGACCUGAGCUGCCGCUGGUAUUCUCUGUGCGCGCCUUUUGCUGA